UCCUGUGUGAGCUCUUCUUCUUCUCUUUAAGGUUUCUUUCUUCUUCUUCUUUUGGGGGUUUUUGAAGCUUCUUCAGUGGGACAAAAAGAGUGUGUUUUUGGGUGACCAUGGGAGGAGUGGUGCAUCUUAGCACGGUGAAGUUAGCUAGAGGUUUCUUUGUAUGUUUAUUUCUUUGGGGGUUUUUCUCGCUAUCAUACGCCGCUAGGUCCGGCGUAUCAAAGCAGAAGUUUGAAGUGAAGAAGCAUUUGAACAGGUUGAACAAACCUGCUGUCAAAAGCAUUCAGAGCCCGGAUGGUGAUAUUAUUGACUGUGUUCCAAUCUCAAAGCAACCAGCUUUUGAUCAUCCGUUCCUCAAAGAUCACAAGAUUCAGAUGAAGCCUAAUUACCAUCCUGAAGGACUUUUUGAUGACAACAAAGUGUCUGUUCCUAAAUCAAAUGAGAAAGAAGGGCAUAUCCCUCAGUUGUGGCAUCGAUAUGGUAAAUGCACUGAAGGAACCAUUCCCGUGAGGAGGACAAAGGAAGAUGAUGUUUUGAGAGCAAGUUCAGUUAAAAGAUAUGGCAAGAAGAAGCGUAGAAGUGUCCCUUUACCUAAAUCUGCAGAACCUGACCUUAUUAACCAAAGUGGUCACCAGCAUGCCAUAGCUUAUGUGGAAGGAGAUAAGUACUAUGGAGCUAAGGCGACUAUUAACGUGUGGGAGCCAAAGAUACAGCAGCAGAAUGAGUUCAGUUUGUCACAGAUAUGGCUUCUUGGUGGCUCAUUCGGACAAGAUCUUAACAGCAUCGAAGCUGGUUGGCAGGUGAGCCCGGAUCUGUAUGGUGACAAUAACACAAGACUCUUCACUUACUGGACUAGUGAUGCAUAUCAAGCUACCGGUUGCUACAACCAUCUCUGCUCGGGUUUUAUUCAAAUCAACAGCGACAUAGCAUUGGGAGCAAGCAUUUCCCCGGUCUCUGGAUAUCGUAAUUCGCAGUACGAUAUCAGUAUUCUGAUCUGGAAGGAUCCUAAAGAGGGACACUGGUGGAUGCAAUUUGGGAACGGCUAUGUUUUGGGCUAUUGGCCAUCUUUUCUCUUCUCCUACUUAACUGAAAGUGCAUCGAUGAUUGAAUGGGGAGGAGAAGUCGUGAACUCGCAAUCAGAUGGCCAGCACACUUCAACGCAAAUGGGCAGUGGUCGAUUUCCAGAAGAAGGCUUUAGCAAAGCAAGUUACUUCAGGAACAUUCAGGUGGUUGAUGGGUCAAACAACCUCAAGGCACCUAAAGGACUGGGAACAUUCACUGAACAGUCGAACUGUUAUGAUGUUCAAACCGGAAGCAAUGAUGAUUGGGGCCAUUACUUUUACUAUGGAGGUCCUGGUAAAAACCAGAAGUGUCCAUAAACUAGGCACCAAGUAGUACUGGCUCGUCUCUCGAGUUCUCUUGUCUUGUGAAUUCACCAUGUUUGUUUCUACACACACUCACUCAAAUCCGCCUUCUUGGGUAGUUUUUAGGGAUGGUUAAAGUUAUGUAAUGGUAAAAGUUUGGUGUCUUUUUCUCCAUGUAAGUAGGUGGGGAAGAAGAAAGGUGUGGCUUAAGU